AGCAGCGACCGCCGGAGAACAAUGUUUUGGCAAUAAAAAAAAACCCUAAAGCGGCGACUACGGAGGGAUUAUAGGCACGAUUGAAACCAACUGCGGUCAUGUGUAGGAUAUUCUUUUCCUGCAUUCCUUUUUAGAUUUAUUGCCCUCCUUUUCCCCUGCACACAGAAAAAACACCACCAUGAGUAUUAUCCAAGACAAAUUAGGCAAUGAGUUUUUGCGCAACGGUGGCAUGGACCCCAAUUUUGCACCAGGUAUGCUUAUGUUCAGCCACCUGCCACCAGUCACCAGCUUUACAAGACUGACCUCCCAGUCUGUCAUGGGCGAGCUUCCCCAGGAAAUGAUCCUGAAGAAGGAACGUGACUCGCCCCCAGAACACCAGGGCGCGACUGCUGUGAACACUGGUGGCUUCCUCCACAGUAUGGGCAUUAAGCAGGAGCGGCUAAGCGAGCUGGAUUACCGAAUGCCCCUCUAUAGUGGAGGUGGAGGCAUAGGGGUGAACUGUGCUGGAGGGGGCGUGGGGAAGAGUGGCACUGACAUGCCGGACAUGUCUUUCGGCAACCACCACCAAAAUCACCAGAACAUGCUCCUGCAUGAUCUCAGCCUCAGCAACGUCCGUUCUCUUGGUGAACCGAUGUCUGGAAGAUCGGGUAAAGAGCCAAAAGAGUCUUCAGGGAGAAGAGGGCGCAGGAACAAUGGAGAUGGACAGGGAGGCAAAGCCAGAAGGAAACGCAAUGAUGCUGCAAAGGCCAUGAUGUUGGAUGCAGAUGGAUCCUGCCUGUCCCCCAACUCAAAACCACAUAUCUGUGAGCACUGUAACGCUGCCUUCCGCAGCUCCUACCACUUGCGCCGACAUGUGCUCAUACACACAGGUGAGAGGCCUUUCCGAUGCAGUCAGUGUAACAUGAGCUUCAUUCAGAAAUACCUGCUACAGCGGCAUGAGAAGAUCCACAGCGGGGAGAAGCCUUUUAGCUGUGACCAGUGUAACAUGCGCUUUAUCCAGAAGUACCAUAUGGAGCGCCACAAAAGGACACACAGCGGCGAGAAGCCAUAUCGCUGUGAUACAUGCCAACAAUUUUUUUCAAGAACAGACCGGUUACUGAAGCACAAACGGACUUGUGGAGAAGCCAUAAAGAAGGGCCUGGACCCGAACAUGCUGGAGCUCAGCGAAGCAGAGCUAGGCCAGGGCAGCUAUUCACUCACUCAGGGAAACUCUACCAGCUCCGGACGCAAGAGGGCCAAGUCCAAAAAUGGUGAGGGCGGUGAGCGCAAGAGGAAGAAGAAUGCCUCGGCAUCAGUGGCAGCAGCCUCGUCGUCUGGGGGGAUGGCCCGUGAUCUGGGCUUGCAGGACUUCGGCAUGGAGCACCCCUCAGGGUCUGGCCCCACCAUGCAGGGACGUACUCCCAAAUUAGUGUUUAAAAAAGCUGGCCGCAAGGGCCUGGACAAGGGCCUUCUCUCUCUGGAAGACAGUACUGACGGACAAAAACUGUUGGGCCAGAAAUCUGGCUCCAUGGAUCAUGUGGAAGGUUCUGGCCUUGACAACAUUGGUCUACUCCAGGUAGCUGGGGCCAACAAGCAGGGGCCCACCACCAGCAGCAACUACGAUGAUGCAAUGCAGUUUGUGAAAAAGCGACGCUACCUCCAUGCAGUUAACAAUGACUAUGGAGCCAGCUCACUGCACAUGGCAUCCCAGGGAAGUAGUGUAAUCCAGGGCUCCCUGGGGCCCGAACCCACACUGGCAAUGCUGGACUCGUCGCCUUUGGAACUUAAGCAUGACAAGUCUGGCAUUCCAGAUGAGGUACUGCAAAGCCUGCUGGACCAUUAUAGCCAUAAGCCAGAUGGGACACACCAUCAUGAUGUGACUUUUGACCUGUCAGACCAUCCACACCAUGUGGACCUCCAGCCGGCAGCCCCUGUUACUCCUGAGUUGGAGGACGAUUCACCCAACGGUGGUGAUAAGACGGCAGUGAUGAGUGAGUACUCAAAGUUCCUCCUGCAGGCCCUGGAGCGCACCAGCCAUAGUGGACCCUUUCCCCUCCUUGGUCCAACGGGGCCUUUCCCACUCCUGUCCAGCAGCUCCAGUCCCACAGGGCCCUUGUUUUCUGACAAACAUGGGUACACCACAUCCCCACUGGAUUGUGGCUACCCGCCUGCUGUCUCCUCCCCGCUGCCCAUUGUCGCCCCUUCAUCAACUUCCUCAUCGUCCUCCUCCAAAUCCCACUAUGGCAUGCUCGUCGGCUCCCCCUCCCAGGCAGGCUACCACCUCACCUUGGAAUCUACUAGCCACCAGCAGCUGACUCCAUCUCAGGAACUGACCGAGCAGUUGGAGAAGCAGCACUCCCCCGGAGCCUUCAACCUACCUCCCCAGGACCUGACUGCCUCGGCAGAAGGCUCCAAGGGGCAGCAGCCCAAGGCUGGAGGGAACACUGCACCCACCAACGGUUCCAGCUACCCAGACCUGUCCCCACUGAACCCCCCUAAAGAACCCACAUACCAGAUCGAGAACUUCGCCCAGGCCUUUGGCUCCCAGUUCAAGUCAGGGCGCCGGACCCCUCUGAGCUAUGGCAGUGAUCCUGGGGCAGAGGUCGACCACCGAAUACGGACUCCAGUGUCAGAAUUCUCAGGGUAUACCAGUUUGUUAGCUGACGUCAGUGAGCCAGUGAGUACAGGAUCAAAAACCCCGACAAGCCAAAGUUUCAGAUAAGGGUCAAACGAGGUGAAUCCAGUAGGGGGCUGUUCUGUUACUGUCCAUACAGUCCCUAUACCCAUCCUAAUUUUGUUCUUGUAGCAAAGUUUUGUUUUUUAAACACUGCCAUUAAAUGUUAAUACAGAAAUGACCAGGGAGGGUCUUCCAUGGCCUCAAAUGCAAUUUUUUAAAUAUUCUCAUUUUUAUUAUGUAUUUAGUCGCUUAAUUUUUGUUUAAAAGUAGUGAUUUUGAUAUGAACGUAAACCGUAGAUUUAAAUGUAAUUUAAAACAUUUAGAGGGUAGCUAUGAACUUGCUUGAGUUUUUUCUUUUUCUGAACCCUUGUGUUUUACCAAUCAUCAUACCAUUGUAAAGUAAUAAUGAAUAAUGUUGAUAAUUUCAAUAAUAACAUUUGUGGCAGGGAAAGGCCCAGAAUUCAAAUGGCAAAAAAGUAUAUAUUGUCUGUUACAAGAAACGUAUUAACUCAGGAAAUAGGCAAAAUUGUGUAAUAAGACUUUGUAUUAUGAGAUGCAAUUAGCACAGUUUUUACAGGUGUACUUUGAAACUACAAAGCUUUGAUUUUGUUUUUGUGUUUUUUUUUCCGUUUUUUUUUAACUUGUCAGGACAACAAAUUACAAUACAUGAUGUUUGGUUUCUACUGCGUGUAGCUUUGUCGAGAUUAUGGUACUGUUGUGUCAAUGAGAAGACAUCCACAUUUCUUUUUAGGAGCCACAUGUGUACACGAGGUAGUAUGAACUGUAGUGGAGUUUAGCCCAUGGUGCACACACAGCACGUUCUGAAGCGAAGAGGAUGUUGGAACCUACCUGACUGAUGUUUUACAGGAAUACUGUCAAUUGAUUGAGACUGUCUAGCAAUGCACUCCUUUGUUUGUGCCCACCAGUGGCUGGUAGAAAAAAAAUUCUACUCAAACAUAACUGGGUAUUGCCGUUAUGGCUGUCUCAGAAUGCAAUGGACACCAAUCCUUGAUAUUUUCAUCAUGCUGUUGUGAUUUCCUUUUUUAAAAACAAGUCACCACUUUUCUACUUCACUCCUUGCUGUUCCUUUUUUUGUCAAUGGAAUCAAACAAGCACUUUUUAAACAAAUCAUCAUUGGAAACGACAACAACCCAUUCAAUUUGCAUAUGUGAUAAGUGAUUAUUAUGCUAGUGAUUAUUCAUUUUUAAGAGGAGAAAACUGUGAACGGGUCGGGAGGGAGGGAGGUGGGUGGGGUGGGCGGGCCGGGGGGUUUGGGAAAGGAGGGCUGGAUUAUUGUUUAAUGGGGUUUGAUAGGGGUUGACUAGGCAUGACCAUGGGCAUUUAAAUGUAUUUUGUUGCUUUUUCUUAAGGGUAGAAGAGAUGGGUGGGGGGGGGGAGAUUUUUUUUUCUAACGGUUUGUCGGGUGAUGUUGUAAAAAGAUGAUUUGCCAUAAUUUUGUUAUACAAUAUUUUGAGAGUACCUCUUUGUAUUUAAGUGUUUUGAGAGACGGGCUGACAUGCUGGAAACCUUUUAUCUUUAAACCCACGGGUAUAUUUGAUGCAUACCCAAACCCUUUUAUUUAUUCUCCACUACCCACAACAAAACUCACAAGCAGAUAUUUUUCGGCAAGUAAUCACCGGACCUACACCCCUACUCCCAUCCCCUCUCGUUUUUACAUUUUUUAUUUUUUUAACCCCCACCAUUUUAAUAAUUGCAAGAAACUGCAACAGUAAUACAGCAAAGAAACAGAAAAGUUAAGUUAUACAAACUUCCCCUCCCCAAAAUGCAGCCCUGCACUCACAAGAAUAAACAAUGGCCUUCUUUGUCUUCCAUGGCUAAAGCCAAUCUAUCCCGGCAGCCAGGGUUGAUAUUUAAUUUAGUUGAUUUCCUGUGAGCCGUACCACCCCACCACCCCCCUUUCCUUUUCCUAUGUCUGUGAGCUCCACAGCCAAGAGACUUUGAAGCUGCUCAGAUCACAGGGAACAAAGACUGACUGACCAGCCACUUCACUCCAAACACACACUAUGCUUUUUAAAGGAGAGAGAAAGAGUGGGUGAAAAAUGGAGAGAGAAAAAAAGACAAUACGAUUGACCUAAAUAUACCUCAUAUCACUAAAGCGUAAGAAAGCAGGGACACGCAUUUCAUGUAUGUAGUGGAAAUAUUUGUAGUAUAGGUUCAACAUAUUGUAUAAUCAUUUAACACUGCCUGUGUUUACAGUUAUAGAGCAAGUGAUUCGUCAUAAUGCAAAUGUCUUUUUUUUCUUCUGUAAAAACAUCCACGCCAAGCAGUGUUGCAUUCUAGAUGCCUCAUAGAACAUUCAUUUUUCUCAUGUUAUAUCCCUUAUUUUUGUUACUUGCCAUAAUGUGUUUUGAUAUGAUCUCUAGAAGGAUAUUGUUUACAAAAAUGUACAAAAACACUAAAAAUGUGUGUUCUCAUUUUUUUUAAUUUUUUUUUUUUUUUGAGUUUUCUCCAGUAUGCAUGAUAAAGAAAUUUUUGUAUGGCUUUUUUUCUGUCACCUCAAUACCAAAUUUUGUAGCAGAAGCCUCCCCAUUCCUUUGUCUUAUUUGUUCUAGACCCCUUGUGAUAUGAUUUCCCAGGCUAUACCUGUUAUUGAGAUGAUGA